AUGGAAAUAAGUUUGGAAUAGAUAUCAAAUAAUAAAUUUGUAAAAAGUGGAAAUAUUAUAAUAAUAGGGAAAAUGUAGUAUGAUAAUAAAAAUAAAACGAGAGAUAGGAAAUUAAGUAAUAUAAAAUAGAGAAGAAGUAGUAGGUAGAUUAAAAUAAGAUUUAUGAUUAAAUUGUAAAAGAGAUAUUAAUAAUGAAGAGAAGAUAUAGGUUGUAUUGAAUUCAGAUAGGAGUGUGAGAUGAGAUGAAUUAAUUAUACUAGUUUUGUAUAUAUUUGUAUAAAAUAAGGAAAUUAAUUAAAUCAUUUAAUUAAAAAAUUAGAUAAGCACAUAUUAUGGAUUCAACUAAGGAAAGAGUAGAAGGUACAAGAGCCACAGUGAUUGAAAUAAUAGGAAGAACAGGUAGAAUAUUUGAAUAUUGAAUGCAGGUUCUAGAGGUGGAAUUACAUAGGUUAAGGUUCAAUUGGUUGGCUAAUAAAGAACAUUAAUUAGAAAUGUAAUGGGACCAGUGAGAAAAGGUGAUACAUUGGAAUUAAUGGAAUGUGAAAGAGAAGCCAGAAGAUUAAGAUGAUCUAAAGU